AUGAGUAACUGUGCCAUAUGCGAGAAUUCGAAUCAAGCCUCCAUUUGUUCCAUCUGUGUUAACUACAGGUUGAAUGAGUAUAAUACUUCCUUGAAGUCACUGAAAGACCGUCGAGAUUCGUUGUACUCAAAAUUGAGCGAUGUUCUUGUCCGCAAGGGAAAGGGAGAUGACCAAGCAAAUUGGAGAGUGCUUCAAAAUGAAAAACUUGCAAGGUUGAAGGAGAAGCUUCGUCACAGUAAGGAACAAGUUACUCAAGGAAGAGCUAAGAUAGAGACUGUGUCUGCUGAUCUGAAACUUAAAUAUGGGUUACUUGAAUCUUCCCUUUCAACGCUGGAAAAGAAUCGAUUGGAACAACUGGAGAAGUUCUACCCCAAUCUUAUAUGCACCCAGAGCCUAGGGCAUGUGGCGAUUACCUCUGAGCGCCUUCACAAGCAGUCUGUGGUCAUAAAACAGAUAUGCAAGUUGUUCCCACAAAAGCGGGUGAUCAUAGAGGGAGAGAUAAAGGAUGGUUGUAGUGGUCAAUAUGAUCAAAUUUGCAAUUCGCGAUUACCCAGAGCCCUUGAUCCCCACUCCGUUCCAUCAGAAGAGCUUUCUGCUUCUUUGGGAUACAUGGUGCAACUUCUAAAUCUUGUUGUUCACAACUUGGCUGCCCCAGCACUUCAUAACUCAGGUUUUGCGGGUUCUUGCUCUCGGAUAUGGCAACGGGAUUCCUAUUGGGAUGCACGUCCUUCCUCCAGGAGCAAUGAAUAUCCACUUUUUAUACCCCGACAAAAUUAUUGCUCUACUGCCGGGGAAAACUCAUGGUCUACUGAUAAAAGCUCAAGCAAUUUCGGAGUUGCUUCAAUGGAAUCUGAGAAGAGAAAUCGCCUAGAUUCAUCUGGGAAUAGUAACUUCAACUAUUCUUUAGCUUCUUCACACUCUGUUCAAACACAUAAAGAUCUGCAGAAAGGAAUUUCACUUUUAAAGAAAAGUGUUGCAUGCAUCACAGCUUACUGUUACAACUCCCUAUGUUUGGAUGUCCCUUCAGAUGUAUCAACGUUUGAGGCAUUUGCAAAGUUAUUGGCUACACUCUCAUCAUCUAAGGAAGUUCUAUCUGUUUUUUCCCUGAAAAUGGCUCAAUCUAGGACAUGCAAGCAAGUACAACAAUCAAAUAAAUCUGUAUGGAAUAUGAAUUCUGCUAUUUCAUCUACUACUUUACUGGAAAGUGCACAUUCUGUGCCCACAACGAGAAUUGAAAAUUAUGUGCCAAGUUCUACUGCUAGUUUUCUUUACGCCACUGAUUUAUCUGACGGCAAAAAUGAGUGCCUUAUUGAAGGGUGGGAUAUUGUUGAGCAUCCCACUUUUCCUCCCCCACCGUCGCAAAGUGAGGAUGUUGAGCACUGGACUCGAGCAAUGUUCAUAGAUGCUAGAAGAAAGUGA